AUGAAGCGCGGUAUUGCUGCUCUGGCAUCUCUUGCCUCACUAGUCAGCGCCCAAUCGAUCAACAUCACCGGUAUCCCUGUCGCUACCCCGACUGGCGUUUUCAAUCUUCCAGUUGUCUAUGCUACGGCUGGUCAACCUGCAGUCACUGCAACCACCUUGGCUGUUUCUGCCACCGCAUCUUCCGAUCCCAGCGCAACUAGUCUGAUCGAUGCUGCAGCCCGUGCAUCUGUGGGUGCUUCCAGUGUCCAAAGGCGUCGCAUGAGAAAGCGUGACGGUACUUGUGCACCUCAACCCAGCGGUAUUACCCAUCAGUCAUCUCCUGAUACCCCUGCUGGUUUUGUCGCCGACCCGUACUAUGCUCAAGCCGCCAACAAUGCAGCCGCCCCAGCUGGAUAUACCGCUAUGUUCACCAACCUGAAUGCCUCCAACUCGGCCAAUCAGUACAUGGGCUACACUUUGUUGCCUUCACACGACGUACAGAGCUGUGCCAGUAAGUGCUCUGCCAUCACUGGAUGCAACUCGGUCAACAUCUACUUCGAGCGUGAUCCUACCCUCGAUCCCAACGCAAUCAAUUGCCCCAACCCCGCCUCCACAAUCAACGUGAAGUGUGUAUUUUGGGGUGAUGUCGUCGGCCUCGUCAACGCGAACAACUAUGGCCAAUGGCGUAACUCCUUCCAAGUCCUGAUUGCCGGCAGCAACGGAUAUGUCAGCAACGCUCUUCUACCCAAGCCCACCAGCUCUUCUAGUGCUGUCCCCACCUCGUCAGCCACAAGCACUUCUUCCACCAUUGUAUCUUCCUCCUCUUCCGCCAUUUCUUCUGCAGCAGCACCCACUCUGUCUAUCCUGAGUGCCUUCUUCGGUCAAAAAGAUGUCACUUCGCUCGCUCAGACAAAGCUCAAGUCCGGCAAUGGAUACUACCUCGACACCUUCAACCUCGUCCCCACUCUCGGCGUGGACCCGUGGGUUGGCAACCCCAAGCUCAUCACCCUUCUGUACAUGAACGGUACCACUCUCCGCACCUUCGCCAUCUCCGAAGCCGAAGGUCGCGACUCUCUAUUCCCCACCUACACCAACUGCGACGGCUGGAACUGCGUAGGCAACGCCGUCACCGUUGCUCCUCCCGCCAACUCCCCCAUCAAACUCGUCUCUGUGGUCUAUGGUGACAAGCAAAUCACUCAAAAGAGUGUUUACACUUACAUCUACAACCAAGCUAUAUCAAAAACUACUAUGAAUGUGGGUAGCUGGUUGUUUGGCUAUAACCCUGUUCUGAUCACUAGACCUGGGUACAAGGCUAGUUGUGUGAUUUGGUAUUAUUCUGCUGCGGAUGAUUUUCAGACUUUGAGAGCGUUUACUGGAAAGGAUAAUGUUGCUGCUGAUGGCGAUAGAUUUGCUUGGAAUGGGUCGGACUUUGCUUUGGUCUAG